GUCCCCUACCUGUGCGCUUGCCUCUUGCGCGCUUGCGAGCUUGCUUCCCCUCCUGCCGCCUCCCCCUCCUCCCCCGUCUCUCCUCUGAUUCUCCCUGUUCUCUGCCGCAGCAAGGCUAGGCGCGAGGAGGGAGAGGGUGUCGUGCCGUGCAAGGCUCUACAGCAGCGGGAGGUCCGCGGCGCAGCGAGCUCGCCGCCGUGCCUGGGUACGUGUCUCUCCUCGCCUCUCUCGCUUCGUCUGGUCGAAGGUUUUUUUCGUGAGCGUAAGUUGUUGAUUGGUGUUUGUAGUAGUAUCGGUGCGUUUGCGUAGCCGUGUCGUGUGUGGUUGAGCUGGAGAGGGCCGGAGGGCGGCUUCUUCGGGUGAAUUUAGUGGGGUUUCGUGUGGGUUUUUUUUCUAGCAUGAAAAAUGAGAUUUCGGCGAGCUGCUGAGAGCGGAACUUUUUUCUUUUGCGUGCGAAUUUGAGUCGCCCAAAUACAGUACGAUCGUGUGAGUUCAGGCUCCGAGCUGAAAGUAGAUGUGCGGUGAAGGUUGUUAGACUGGUCUCCCGUCCCCGCGCUUUUUUUCUCCACCCGCGACCCGUGAGACUGCUUCCUGCUCGGUGAUUUGCCGACGACGACGGGUGAAGUGAGCGCCUCUUUUUUGUGAUGUGAUGUGGGGAAUUUUACGGGGUUCGUUGCUGCUUUGACGUGUGGUAUAUUUCGGCUCCGAUUUUCUCUUUCUGUCCUUGCGAGCAGAUGGCAGCAAGAUUUUUGCUGGGUCCUGGAACAAAAGCAGGGGUGAGGGGGGAAGGGAGGACCUUUAGUCCUUGCAAGGAGAUGGCAGCGAUAGAGCUGUGACUUACUACCGGGGGAUCCUAGAGCGCCAGGGGGCUGUUUUCCUUUCGCGAAUUCGAUUGCUAUUUGCUCUAGGCAUGCGGGAUGUGACAACUGCUUUCAAGUUUCAAGUGGAGUAUUAUUUGUUAAUUGCUAGUGUUUAGGUCAAUGAAGCAUGGCUUCUUCCUGUUUUGUUGACAAUGAUUACACUGCACAUGACUUGCUUUGUCUGGACACAAAUCCACAGUACUAUUUUUUCCCUGUGUAAAAUUGAUUCGUCAUUCGCCCUUUAAAACAGACCGAUUGGUGAUUAAGCAUGUUCUUUCGACUAAAUUAGACUGUAGAUAAUUUACCGUCUUCAAUUUCCCCCAACUAAUGUCUUUAGUGAUAUCAAAUGUUUCAACAGUUGGCCUUUUCCUACUGGAACUGCAGUACUUUGAACAUGCUUUUUGCAAAUAGUUGCAUUAAGGAUGAAUAAAAUGUUAAGCAACGACUGUUUAGGGACACAGGAGCUUCAUACAUUUUGCAAGACCACUGAAACAUCGGAACAUUCACACACUCAAGAGAUCACACUUGAUAAAACUGCGGUGGGGUCAACUCUAAUAAGUCAUCAAAAUGAUCUUGUUUGGAUUGGGAGGAAAUGUCAAACUUAAAGCUAAGAAAUGACUCAGUUAUCUGUAGUUUGUAAGUGUGCUGUACUGCUGAAUUAUCAGGGAAGAACACAGAAAUCAUGGAAAUCAGCUUAUUGCAGGAUGAAUCUGAUGCAGCAACCACCACUUUGCUACCACUGCCACUGUUGUCAUGCAGCCCUAGAUCUAUGGCUCCAAUAUCAGUACCAUCAUCAUCUGAUCUUGAGAGUAUCCUCUCGCCAGAUCCAAUCUUCAGUGAUCUUCAGUUGAAGGAGAUAAACUACAAUGCUCCAGCAAUGGACGAAAGCACUGAGCUCCUUCACCUGAUUCUUAGUGGCAACGAUGAAGUAUACAAUAAUACAGCUGAAUUCCAAGUCUGGGAUGCUCUGGACUUCUAUGUGACAGAAAACUUUUCUACUUUCCAGUUUGAUAGUUUAAUGGGUUUUUCAAAUGAAGUUAGUACUUCCUACAAUGACUGUAUGAAUUUAGUUGACAUGGUAGAGCGGCCUGUGGCUCUCUUGUCUCUAGAUGACUCACCGGAGCCAAAUAGCACUAGCAUUGAGGUUCCGGUAGAUCACACUACACUGGACCCUGAUGACACAUCCUUGUACCUUCAGACGAAACCAACAGAUUCAGAAACUGAAAGUAGUUCUGCCGCUGGGGAUGCGGUUGAAACUGAAUAUCUUGAUCAAAAGCUACUUUCUAGAGGUCUGCCUGAUUUAAUGGAUGUUGACUCGCCCAGUGGCUUAACAAAAACACCAGUGAGAACAAAACAAGUGACUCUUGUGCUGGAUUUGGAUGAGACUCUUGUACAUUCAACAUUGGAUCACUGCGACAAUGCUGAUUUUACUCUAGAAGUUUUCUUUAAUAUGAAAAAUCAUACAGUCUAUGUGAGAAAAAGGCCUUACUUGAAGAUGUUUCUUGAGAAGGUUGCCCAGAUGUUUGAGCUUGUCAUUUUCACAGCUAGUCAGAGAAUCUAUGCUGAACAGCUUAUAGAUAGACUUGAUCCUGAUGGGAAAUAUAUUUCACGGCGAAUUUACCGUGAAUCAUGUUUAUUCUCUGAUGGUUGCUAUACAAAGGACUUGACAAUUCUAGGGGUCGACUUGGCAAAAGUUGCAAUAAUUGACAAUACUCCACAGGUUUUCCAGUUGCAAGUGGAUAACGGCAUACCAAUCAAGAGCUGGUUUGAUGACCCCUCAGAUCAGGAAUUGGUUGAGUUACUCCCGUUCCUAGAGAGCCUCGUGGAUGCAGAGGAUGUUAGGCCAAUGAUCUCAAAGACCUUCCACAACAAACUUGAGCAGAAUUAGUUUUAGAGGCAUACAUAUCAAUCGUUUCAUCUGGUGAUAGAACAUUAGGCCAUUCUUGGGUAAUUAGGUAUAGGAUCAGGAUUCGUCAUUUAUGUUAUGUUAGCUGUUACAAAUAGCAAGCAUAAACUGCAGUUGUCGACGAAAAUGGAUUGUAUAUGUUUCUUCGGUUUUCAGUGUUACAGAUCAUUGUACAGAAAACGGACAAUAGUGCUGAAUAAAUGAUCUGAGUGCAAUUUUGCUUAUGAGAGUUUAAAA